AUGCAAAAUUGCAAUCGUAAGUGCGCUGAACCCUCCAUCCUGAACUUAAUCGUCCUACGAAGCUUCUUGCAGAUCGGCAUAGGCGCCCAGAUCUCUUCCGGAAGUUUCUCAGAGCAAGAUCUCGACUACCGCACAUUCUGGGACUUUCUCCUUGCCGGCGGAGAAUCGUACCAGCCCAUAACACCGGAUCUUUUUGAGUACAGCGGCUUCCCCGUCCUCGACAAGAUCCAGUUUCCCGCUGCCGGAGCGUUCCUGAAGAACCCCUCCGGCCUGGACACCCUCGAGUUCGGCAUCAGCGCGAGAGAUGCACGCGCCAUGCCGUUCACCGCGCGUCGCCUCAUGGAGAUGUCCUUCGAGGCGCUCGCGGAUUCCGGGAUUGACUAUCGCAGACGGAGAGUCGGGUGUUACAUGAGCGGGGUGUCAGAUUUCGAAGUCCAGGGUCCACCCGACUGGGACGGCAGCUUCGCCUCGGUGCCAAGCGCGCUGCCGAAUCGAAUCUCCUACGCUUUCGAUCUGACGGGCCCUUCGCUGGAGGUCGACACGGCCUGCAGCUCGUCAUUGACUGCGCUGCAUCUCGCCGCACAGGCGAUCGCGGGUGGGGAUUGCGAGGCUGCUCUGGUUGGAGCUGCCCAGAUCAACCGAGGACCGACUGAAUGGGAGAACUACGUCCGAGGGGGUGUGCUCAGCCGUGAUGGGACUACCAAACCAUUCGAUGCUGCCGCAGAUGGCUUUGGCCGUGGAGAAGGUGCAAUUGUUGUCGUUUUGAAAUCAUUGGAAGACGCCCUGCGUGACCACGACCACAUUUACUCCGUGGUGACCGGUAGCGCCAUCAACUCGACCGGCUCACACAUGCCUUUGAACGUCCCCAGCGGAAUCGCCCAGCGACAGUGCAUCGAGGAAGCGUACCAACGCGCUGGAAGGAGUGUCCUGGAUGCCGACUAUGCCGAACUGCAUAUCACGGGCACGUCAGCCGGAGACCCCAUCGAAGCGAACACAGCGGGCGAGAUUUUCGCGCAGAAAGACCAGCUGGUGGUGGGAAGUGCGAAGGGAAAUGUGGGGCACCUAGAAUCUGCCGCGUUUCUUGUCUCACUGCUCAAGUCGUCGUUGAUCCUCGAGCACAAGCUCAUUCCGCCCACGGUCAACUUCCGUACCCCAUCAUCCGCGAUAUCAUGGGAUCGCUUCUCCAUCCACGUCCCGGUUGUGCCCACACCUUUACAAUCCAAGGACGGUUCCGGACACUCCGUCAUCUCGAUCUCGUCCGCCGGCAUCGGUGGAUCGACGAGUCAUGUCAUCCUAGAAUCUCCACCACCCCGAACCGACCUCUGUACUGCAACUCUCUGUAAUGAGGGUAACACAAGCUCCGUUACGUUCAUCGUAGGGGGGCUUUCGCCCCGCGCAGCGACCCAAAUCUCGCAAACCUUGGUCUCCUCCCUCGCAGAUGCCGAUCUCUCAUCUCUCAGGCGCUCUGCUGUUACCCUGACCCGCAGAGCUCGGCAGAUGCCGUGGCGCCUCAGUUUCACCCUGCCGAAAGCGACCCUUCCUCAGCCGACACUGGUCUCCGCCACGAGUCCUCCGAUCGUGUUUAUCUUCAGCGGCCAAGGCCCACAACACAUCGACAUGGCCCGCUCGCUCUUCGCCGAGUUCCCCCUCUUCAGAAAGACUGUGCUCCAGCUGGACGACGUCUUCGCGCGCGAAAUGGGCUACUCGCUCAUCGAGUCGACCGGUCUUUUCGCAGACAUUCAGACACCAGGGUCAGCCCGGACAAAGCUUUCUCCCGACGCGUGGCCCGUGACGAUCACCGUGGCAUCGAUUGCCAUGCUGCAGAUCGCGUUAUUCGACUUGCUCAGCUCGGUGGGUGUCCGCCCUGCCUACAUAGCCGGCCAUUCGGCAGGCGAGACCGCAGCGCUGUACGCAUCUGGGGCGGGCCCGAAGGAGAUGGCCUUCGAAAUCGCGCUGGCCCGAGGGCUUGCCAUGUCUGUGACUGAGAGCCAGGAUCGGGGUAUGGCAUCCCUGGCAUGCACGAAGGACACCGCCGCGAGGAUCAUCGGCAGUAUCUCGCCCGGUCUGGAGAUAUCCUGCCUCAAUUCCACCACGGGCGUGGCCAUUUCUGGGCUCAGCGCGGACCUCGACGAGGCAGUGCGUGUCGCCCAGGGGGAGAGUGUGUUCGCGCAGCGGAUACGCACAAUGGUCCCCGGCCACUCGUCCUUCAUGGAUCCCAUCAAAGCAGAUUACCUCGCGCGUAUGGACUCGAUCUUCGAACGCUACCCAGGGUCACACGUGCCGCGCAUCCCGGUGUACUCCACCUGCACCGGCGAGCGGCUCGUUAGAGAGUUCACCGCCGAGUAUUUCUGGAACAACUGCAGGAAUCCAGUCCUGUUUGACUCUGCGAUCGGCAACAUCCUGCGGGACGUUCCAGCGCCGGUGUUUGUCGAGAUGUCGUGCCACCCUGUACUCUCGUCAUCAAUCCUCACACACGGGAUUCCAGACAAUACCAUCGUCUGUCCCAUGCGUCGGGCAUCCAAGUCCAAGCCCGGACCCAACGAGCAUCUCGUCUUCACCGGGACACUAGCGAGUCUCGCGCUCAUGGGGCUCAAUUCGAUCGACUUGAGCGCGCUGUAUGGCGAGUCUGACUAUAAACCCGCGUUCGCCAAACAUCCGCUAGUGAAUCGUCCGAUCCUGCCGCUCAAAGUUCUUCCGUUUUACGAUUUAGGGGCCCGAGGUGCUGGGCCCGGGGAAGGACAUCUUUUAGAUCCAGCCAACAAGAGCAUCAUCAAUGAGAAGACGCAUCCGCUCCUUGCACAGCAUGUUGUUUCAGGGCAACCGAUUCUUCCGGCCACAGCCUACUUGGAACUGAUUCUCGAAGCAGGGGCCAACGUCCUUUGGGACAUCGAGUUCACGUCCAUGUACUCGCUUUCGGAAACCAGCGCCCCGCUGUCUCUGGAUAGAUCUGAUUCGAAAUGGGUCCUGCGUUCCACGAGAGACCAUGCUCGUGGGAUGAUGGACGAAUCCAUUCGCUCCGCUCCACCUGAUGAGCUUGACGUAGACGAAAUCUGGUCCCGACUUCCCGCGAUCGACAUUGAUGGGUUCUACGAAUCAAUUGCCGCGAACGUUCAAUUUGGACCAGCCUACCGGCGUGUAACGCGGUGCCACGGCUCGCCCUCGGAGGUUAUCGCGGAAAUCAGGGUGCCAACGACCGAGAAUGUCGAUGUGCAGGGCUGGUCCAACCAGUAUCGACUCCACCCGAUCCUUCUCGACGCGUGCAUCCACAUCCUCCUCCACCCUGCCAUCUCGAAAGAAUUCCCUGACCACGGAGGAGACAUGUAUCUCCCUGCGAAACUCCGUCGAUUCGUACUUUAUCCGGGCGUACAAUCGGAGACAGGUUCUUGGACUUCCCGCAUAAGGAGGUGUUCGUGGGCCCCGGGUGGGUUAUGUUUGACACUCACUUUCUACGCCCUGACCCCAAUCCCAGAUUGGAAAUCAUAUGAUAUCGUUAUCUUGGAUCAGACCGGACACGUGAUUUGUCAAUUCGACGAACUGGUCGUGCAGCGAUUGGCGAGGACACGGCCCGACGAGGAACUGAAGCGAUUUGAUCUGGUCAGGCAGCCAUGCUCUCUGGCCGUCAAUGAUAACAAUGAGUCGAUCUUGUACCAUGAUCUGCCGCCGGACGACGAGGGUAUGAUGGUGUAUGGCAUUCUGGAUGACCUGGCGGUGGGAUUGAUGAAGAGGUCGUUGUCGAAUGCUUCUUUGGUCAUUGGCCAGGAUAUUUCGCGCAAACGGUACCUGGACUACGCUCGCGAGUACGCGCAGCGCCAAGUGGGCACCUGCGUGCUUCAGAAAACUUUAUCUGGACGCACAAGAGAGCGAUUUGCGCCGUACUUUGAGGUGACAUUCCGGCUGGCUGAUGUACAUGAGACGGUGUUCGAGUCCCCCCAACGCGCCAUCGACGAAUUGUACUCGGAUGAUCUGAUGGCCCGGCUUUACAGUCGUGAAACGCAAAGCAGCAGGGUCUACGACGUUCUGCCAGGUUCCUUGGCUGCCAUUCUGAGCACAAUCGAGCAGCAAGGUAGGCGGUCGAUCAAGAUAUUAGAAGUUGGUGCAGGCACAGGAUUGCUUACACGAUUCGUCGUUGAGGCAUUGAAGCAGUUUCCGCACCUAUUGUGUGAAUAUACUGUUUCAGAUGCGUCCUUCGGGCUCGCUUCAGAACUGGCCCAAAAGCUCGACCACCCGAACCUCGUGCCUCGGGCGUACGAUCUCACCCUCCCGCCCACAUCCCAAGGACUCACCACCGGGUCUUUCGACAUCGUCCUCGCGCUGCACGUUCUCCACGCGGUACCACACACCAAAACGUGUCUGUCAGCACUCGAAACCCUGCUCAUCCCCGGUGGAUACCUCCUCGCAGUCGAGAUCGACGGCCGGGCCUGGGGCUCGGAAACGAAGCCCGGCUGCGCGUGGUUCGACUGCGUGUUUGGGUCGUUCCCUGAGUGGCUGAGUUAUGAUGACGGGCGCAGUCACUGUGCGAUGUCGCCAGACGAUUGGAUGACGCAGCUGGGUGAAGUCGGGUUCGUCAAUCGCCAGGUGAUGGCUGAGACCGAUGGACGGGGGUGCAGCUUCAUGUUCACCGCGCAGCGCAGCCGGAUCUGGGACCCGACGCCUGCUGAGCAUAUUGUACAGCCGAUGCCGUACUCGAUUGGACGCGAGAUGGAGCUACAGAGCCGGAUUGCGAAGUCGGCGUCACCAGAGGAACCGUUCGAGCUGUACAUCUCCGCAUCGGACGGGCCGGACGGAGAGGCUGCGCUGGGGCUUUGUAAUGCGCUUGCCCGCGAGUACCCGCUGUGGAGUAUCCGUCUGGUUGUGUUCGCGUCGCCAGAGCAGAUACUCAUCCCGGUGCGACUGUUCGAUCAGGGCGAGUCAGUCGUAUAUGUCAACGGUGCUGGAGACGUGUCGGUUCUGCGCAUGCUUCCCAUGGGUGCUCCUCCUGCCAGGCUGGAUAUCGGAUAUCUCUCCGAUCACGAGAUUCUCGCCUCACCGAUCGCUGCUGAGCGGAUCGCCUCGGGGUUAAUUCUCGUCGCGGCCUCCGUAAUGGACAGCCAUGACCCGGGCCUGUCAUCCGGGACGAUCGUGCUCGCUUUGGUCGACCAGGUUUCCAAGGAGAACGAGCUGCGUAUUCCAGCGCAGGCGGCAAUCCAGAUUGCCGGUGUUCCUGACCACGUGACUAUGAGAGCCACUGCGAAUGCGGUGAUUUCCCACUUUAUCGCCGACCAGCUCCCACGCACGCCGAAACAGUACGUCGUCGCUUCAAAACUUUUUGGCUCAGAUGUUCUCCUGCCCGACUGCGACGGGAUUGACCCAAAAACACCAGCUCCCAAGAGACACAUGGGUGGCCUGAUAACGGACUUGGAGACGCUUGCCGCGCAUCCGCACCUGAGGGAGUGGAUCACGCGUUCGGCAAAGCUCAUUGUUUGGGACCAGAUCCUGCGCGAAACUCUGCACGACGAUCCAGCGACUGUCGCUGAAACGCUGCGUUCCGCGUGGGAAGGACCGGGAUGCCGCGAGUUGACGACACCAGCCGCGUCACCGCUUGCCGCGUCGGACACGCAGCCGCUGUUCUCAUCUGACAAGUGGUACAUCCUUCUCGGCGGGAUCGGCGGGCUCGGCGCCGAUCUGGCACUUUGGAUGUAUCAGCACGGCGCGAGACAGAUCGCGCUCACGUCUCGCCGCGGAAUUGCGUCGCUGUCUGGCGACGAGGAAUCCUUGGCGAAGAUCGCGUGGAUGCAAACCCGAGGAAAUUUGGAACUACGGAUGGACGCGUGUGAUGCCACAUCCGAAAGAGUGCUCGCAUCUCUCACCGACAAACUCACGGAAACGCAUCCGAUCGGAGGAUGUAUCCAGCUCACGCUCGUGCUGUCCGACGCAACCUUCCAGUCACAAACGGCUGCCGGAUUCAAAACAGUGCGUGACUCCAAAGUCGGGGUGUUCGAUGCUUUCAGUCAUGUGGUGGAAGUACAUGCCCUCGACUUUUAUGUGGCGUUUUCAUCACUCUCGGGCCUAGUCGGGUUACCGGGACAGACAAACUACGGCAGCGCUUGCACAGAGCUGAACGCCAGAUUGGCGCCGUACCGCAAUGCAUUCUCGCUCAUCGUGCCGGGCAUCUUGAACGCGGGGUAUCUUGUGAGAAGGAAAUUACCAACACAUCAUCUGUGCUGA